AACAAAAAUUAAUUAAAACAGAAGAAAAGCUUAGAACUGAGAAAUAUUUUAGGGAAGACGUUUUUAAAUACCUUUUCAUUAAUGGUACUUUUUUUUAUUAGACUAAAUCUGCCGCAAAUAAUGAAGGCCUAGGGGUCCAUGAAGUAUGUGAUAUAAACAGGUUAGGUUUGUCAUCAUUGACAGCAUGAAGACUGUACUUGCCUUAACACUGUUAACAUCUUGGAAAUAAUUAGUGGUCCAAAAGCUGUCUUGCUGCAGUCGUUCAAGGCUCCCCUUAGCCUUGUGGCUACUGAUGUUUCUCAUCACAUUUGGUUUGGUCAUCAUAGCGCUGGCCACGUCGGACUGGAUGGUAUGGACUAAUAACCUUAAUUACUCACGAACUGAGAGAGGUUUGUUUUACUCUCGAGACGACGUGCUCCAGUCCUGUUUUCUCAGUGACCUGAUCAGAAGGACGCAGGACGAUAGAUAUUCGCAAUUCAGUGUUAAUUCUGUGGCUGGUUUACUUAUUGCUGCUGCUGUUGUUGACGUUAUUGCCGUUGGUUUCGGACUAUUUUAUUUUUACAUCAAGCAGAGAGAUAAACAGAAGUUAUGGAGAUAUUACAUUCCUACCACUAUAGCUGCACUCACUGCAGCUGCCUUUGUUUUGAUUGGUUGUCUUGUAUUUGUUAUGGACAUGAGCGAGGUUAUUGAGACCACAAUACCAGUCACAAGAUACUUAGCCUGCAGCACUGACGUCAAAGGUGCUCACGUUAUGGUGGAAUAUUACUGGAGCUUUUACUUAGCUCUUAUCUCAGGCGGUCUGUCGUGCAUCAAAGGUCUUCUAUUUACUUUAUUGGCGUGGAGAUGUUGAAUAUACAAAAGUUAGAACCAUUGGAUUUUCAUAUAUAAAUUCUGUGCAUCCGUAGUACAGAACAUUGAAGAAUUGAUGACAAAUAAUAUAUUUUUUAUGCAUCCAAUUGAAAUCUUUUUUAAGCAAUAAAUACGGGUGAGAAAGAGAACGAAGAAGAAAGUGAAAUAGACAAAAGUCACAAUGACAAAAUGGAAUCUAAAGAACGUAAAAAAUGUAUAGAGGAAGUUAAGGAGAAUAAAACUAUAAAUAAAAAUGAUCAAGAAAGCGAUAUAAACUUUUCACAUGUAAAUUAUGACAGUCUGGUAUGGAUGUAAUUUUUUUGUAUACAGCUAUGAUGUUUUGUUUGGUGUAAUGCACUCCUUACGGACAAUAAAGACUAUUAUUAUUAUUAUUAUUAUUAUAUUGGAAGAUAACUGUUCCCAAUAAAUAAUAAAAAUUAUUUGUGUGCUUUAAGCUGAAGCGCUUAUACAUUUGUUGCUGCGGUCCUUAAAAGUACAAGAAAUGGUUUACAUUAUAAGUCUCAUAUAAUUUAUUUAACGGCUUCGCAGAAAAUAAAAACGGAUUAUUUCAAAACUUAAAAGGCUGGAUUUUAGAAUGGUCUAGAAAGAUCUUUAAAUAAAUAACAUGGAGGGUGAGUGAGUGAAGCUCAAACUAUAAUAAAAACUUUUAAUUAUAUGUCAUUUCAUUUUUUCUUUUUCAAUAAAGACAUUCUUUUUUUUG